UAAUAAUGUUACCAUACCAAGAAAAAUUGCAGAUUGUCUUUCACGAGCAAGUAUAACCUCCUCUGAGAUUGGAUCCACAUUACAGAGUUACUGUGUGUACGUAUAUAUCCGUGUGUGUAUAUAUAUACAUAUAACACGACUAUUCUAUCCUCUUCUCUCUCUGGCUGUUCACUUUCACUCGUACUCUCUGAAAGAGAGCCAAAGCAGCGUAAGGUAUUCGAGGGAAUUGUGAGGAGAAGUGUGUUCUUGUGAGUGGGUAUAAUAUAAAAUGAGGAGCUAAGACUAGGAAUAAAUCUCGGUCUCUUGAGAAAUUCAUGUAAACCCGCUGCAGAAUAGGCUGAAAUUCGAGGAUUGUUAUUUUAUUGAAUUUCGCAUUUUUCAAGGUAUACACUGAAUAUCUAAAGCUGUUGCUAGCUUUACUGUGUCUGCUUUCGCUUGUUUUCUGUUUUGAUUUUUUUUUUUUUCAUUCAUUUGUUCGGAGAUUCCUUUUUCAUCGACGCUGUUCAUCCAAAGGGUUUUUUUUUUGGGGCACUCGUUUCUGGUUGUGUUCUUAUUUCCUCGGUUGAUCGAAGUGAGCUGAUUCGCAGUUCCAGUUCUGCUUGCUUAUCCUUAAUUUCUUGGUGAUUAAGGUUGUGAAAAUGUCGAGACCUCUCCAUCGAGGUGUGUUGGGUGGUGGUGGUCGGUUUUCAGGCAACAGUCAUGAUUUGUGGGAGGAUUCUCAGAUGAAAGAGAAGUCAGAGAAAGAAGAUGUUGACCGGAAUCGUACAAACGGAGUCGAUCAUCAGCAUUUAUCUUUCAAAUUUCCAUUUCGGCAUCUAUUCGCAAACAGUGUAUCUUCAAAGAAUGGUUUGAGUGAGAACAGUUUCGUGUCUGACCCUUUUAGCCUCGCGCCCCUCAGAAGCCGCCACAAAUUGACACUCUCUUUGCUCAAAUUCAGUUUAGUGGUAAUUGUGGUUCUUGCUGUAAUGGGCUCCCUCUGGUGGACACUCUCGAUAACAUCAAUAUCGAGAGGACAUAUUUAUCACGGGUACAGACGGCUUCAACAGCAGCUGGUCUCGGACCUUUAUGAAAUUGUGGAGCUCACAAUUGGUUCAUCAAGAUUUAGGGAAUUGGAGUAUUGUUCUCAAGAUCCAGGAAACUAUGUACCGUGCUUCAAUGUUUCGGAAAAUCCGGCUUUGGGAUUUUCUGAUGGUGAGGAGUAUGGUUGGCAUUGUGGGCCGGCUUCGAGUAGUAAUUGCUUAGUGAUGCCACCUGUCAAUUACAGAAGUCCCCUCCGGUGGCCUGUUGGGAGGGAUGUCAUCUGGUUUGCAAAUGUUAACAUUACGGCUCAGGAGGUGCUGUCCUCUGGAAGUUUGACCAAAAGAAUGAUGAUGUUGGAUGAAGAUCAGAUUUCGUUCCGUUCAGUAUCGUCUACUUUUGAUGUCGAAGACUACUCGCACCAAAUUGCAGGAAUUAUUGGGCUAAGAAAUGUAUCCUACUUUACAGAAGCUGGGGAGUUAGGGUGCGAUUGGAAAUGUUUUCAAAUGAUUUAUUGGUGGAAUUGGAUGGAGUUGGAUAAAGAAGACUGUGAAGAGUCAUCGAGUUCGUCAAUGACAUUUGAUUAUGCAAAUGUUGUCAUGAUAUGUUCUGUGGUUCGGACCAUCCUUGAUAUUGAAUGCGGCUAUGGUAGUUUUGGUGCCUAUCUAUCGUCCAAACAGUUAUUGACCAUGUGUGUAGCGAAUUAUGAGGCAUCAGGCAGUCAAGUGCAGCUAACUUUAGAAAGAGGUCUUCCUGCUAUGGUUGGUUCUUUUACUUCAAAGCAGUUGCCUUAUCCAUCCCUUUCUUUUGACAUGAUACAUUGUGCAAGAUGUCGCAUUGAAUGGGACAAAAAAGAUGGCAUAUAUUUAAUUGAAGUCGAUCGGUUGUUGAGACCUGGCGGAUAUUUCGUGUGGACUGACCCACUUACAAAUUCUCAGCGUUCACUUCGUAACAAAGAUAACCUAAAAAGAUGGAACACAGUCCGUUUGCUUACGGAAAGUCUCUGCUGGGAGAUGUUGCCACAGCAGGACGAAACUGUUGUGUGGAAGAAGACUAAUACGAAGAAAUGCUACUCAACAAGGAAAAGUGGAUCCCCUUCUCUCUGCAAUAAAGGACAUGACAUUGAAACCCCGUACUAUCGACCCCUCCCGGCGUGCAUUGGAGGAACUCAAAGCCGCCGAUGGGUUCCUAUUGAAGAAAGGAGAAAAUGGCCCUCACUGGCUAAACUAAGCUCAGCUGAACUAGAAAUUUAUGGUUUGCAAUCAGAAGAGUUUAAUGAAGAUGCUAUUAGCUGGAACACUGCAGUCCGCAAUUAUUGGUCCCUUCUUUCACCGUUGAUAUUUUCGGAUCAUCCUAAGAGGCCAGGCAGUGAAGAUCCUUCACCACCUUACAACAUGCUGAGAAAUGUGUUAGACAUGAAUGCGCGUUUUGGUGGAUUAAAUGCUGCUUUAUUUGAAACUGGAAAAUCUGUGUGGGUGAUGAAUGUGGUCCCUACAAAAGGACUCAAUACUCUGCCUUUAAUACACGACAGAGGAUUUGUUGGAGUGCUGCAUGACUGGUGUGAACCAUUUCCGACAUAUCCAAGAACAUAUGACCUGGUCCAUGCCGAAGGACUUCUCUCUAUUGAAUUUGACGAGAAGCCUAGAUGCCAAUUGCUAGAUCUGUUUGCUGAGGUGGAUCGUAUACUUCGUCCAGAGGGGUGGCUGAUUCUGAAAGACAGGUGUAGAGCGAUCGAGUAUGCCAGAUCUCUAACGACGCAUCUGAAAUGGGAUGCGCGAGUUGUUGAGAUCGAGAACAACAGCGAUGAGAGACUCCUCAUCUGCCAGAAACCCUUCUUCAAAAGACAGACAAAAAAUGGAUUUGAUGAGGUGACGAAAGUCGUGGUCGAAAAAUUGAACGGAUUUCUGAUAGCCGUCGGGAACUUGGCCGGCGAGGCUCUUGCCUGGUUCGAUGGCCUAAAAAUACUUCUUUUGUGCUAUCCAAACUUAUCAAAAGGUAUAAACCCUAGCGGCGGCGGCGGCGGCGAGGCGACGGACGAUGGUCAACCGAGGACGGUGCAAGAAGCAAUUGUGACCGCGAUGGCGAAAAGUGCAAUUUUUUGCUUCGAUUGGACAACCCGUGUGAGUGAUUCUGUAAUCGAGAAGUUACAGAGUGAAAGGAAUGUUUUUAAGGGUGGCAGGGUGUUAAGAGGGCUGUGGUCUACCGUACUCCACCUUCAAUUGGUUGUCGCCCUGUCGAUAUCUGAUGCUCCUCGACUUAGAAAAAGUCCUCACGCAGACGAACCCAGCCUUUCUCAACUUUACCAUGUUCUAGAGCAAAAAGCUCCAAAGCAAUGGGAUUCUUUAAAUGAUAAGUGAGAUCUCUUAUGUUCAUUCUUAAGUGUGACCAAACUGUUGACAUUUUGGUUUCUUAUCUAUAUUUUUUAGUGUUGGAGGCAUUUCCAUUGGAGCCAUCAAUGCCCAAAAUUAGUUUUAGCUGUAUAAUUUUUGUUGGUAAUGUAAUAAUUAAGAAACAUGUUAAUAACUUUUGGAUUCAUUUCAUAUAAGUAUAGUCUUAAGUUGUGACUGUGAUUUUUUGUUAUAUUCCGAAAAUGGCAGAUGAUGAAUUAGUGAAAGCUUUACUAACUGAAAGAAAAAUUCCAAGAAGAAAGGCGUUGUCAUCUUUGGAAGUGAAAGUCUUGAACAUACUUACAGA